CAAUGACUUCCAAUGCACCAUCUGAAUGCUGCAUGGCAGGACAUCUGCACGAUGGCAGGGCCAGUGGGGAGAUCCAAGAACUUGCCAACAUCUCGACAUACAUCACCUAUCCACCUGAUCGGUCGACAAAGAAUGCCAUCUUGUUCCUUACUGAUGGCAAUGGCCAUCGCUUCAUCAAUGCCCAUUUGAUGGCGGACCAGGUUGCCGCCCGUGGCUUCCUCGUGGUUAUGCCCGACCUCUUCCACGGUGAUCCCAUCCCAGUCGACUAUGGGGCCGACUUUGAUAUUAUGGGCUGGUACAACCAACACCUGCCACCUAGGGUCGAUCCUAUUGUCGAUGCUAUACUAGGGGAGAUGCGCACUACCCUCGGCUGUCAGCGAGUCGGCGCCGUCGGGUAUUGUUUUGGCGGCAAAUAUGUGUGUCGCUACCUCAAAGCUGGCAAACUAAACGCAGGGUUCGUUGCCCACCCAACCAUGGUGACGGUGGAGGAGCUGGAGGGGGUCGAAGGGCCGUUGAGCAUUGCUGCAGCCAUCGUUGACCCCGUCUUCACCUCUGCCAACCGCCACGAGAGUGAGGGGAUCCUAGCUAGAGUUGGUCUUCCUUUUCAGAUAAACUUAUUCUCUGAUGUAGAGCACGGAUUUGCGGUCCGCUGUAAUCUAGCAGAGCCGCGGCAGAGAUUCGCCAAGGAAGCAGCAUUUGAGCAGGCUGUGGCAUGGUUCGAUCGUUAUGUGAAGGAGUGA